GUAUUUCCGGGUGCAUUAAAUUGAAAGCAAGUUGAUAUUAAUAGGGAUAAGAUACAUAUUUUCAACAGUUUAUUCUUUCAACCUUAUGAACAAAUAUUUAAAUGGAAUGAGUCGAUGUGAUUUUAUGAACAGAAUUAUCCAUCAUUUUAAAAUUAUUAUUUGGUCAAAAUAGAUUUUUUUUCUAUUAAUUUGAGUGAAUAUGAAUGUGUUAAAUAGGAACUGGUUUACAUUAUUUCCCUUUGCAGUCUUCAUUUUUAUUCAACAUCAAUCUACAAAUGCAACUCCUGCGACGCUAUUGAAAGAAGACAAUUUGAUCUUGUGGACUUCUGACGUAGAACCAUACGAAAUAAGAUACAAUUGGACGCUUCCUUAUUUUAGUUCCCUGUCAGCAUAUUCUUUCAAAUGUAAGGAAUUUCCAACUUCCCAAAAUACAAAGUUUUCCUGGAUAGUAGGAUUUGAAUUGAACAAUCGUAAAGAAAAUUUCGAGUUAUAUGUCAGAUUAAGCAACGCUUCUUUUGAAAAAGCAAUCGUAAAAGUCAAAGCCUCCAUUAUCGAUAACCAACUCAAAGAGGUCCGAUCAAAAGAAAAAUUGGAAGAACUCGUUGUGAACGGUAAUAAAAUUAAGUGGGACGAAUUCUGCAAGAUAGAUGAUGAUUUUCGAAAUCAAUUGCUAGUGGACGAUAAAUUGACUAUUUCCCUGCAAAUAUCCUGUUUUAUUCAAUGCAGCAACUUUACGCCUAUCAGCUCAUUCGAACCCAAUAUUGUAAAAUGUGAUCUAUCCAAUAACUUGAAUUCAUUACUAGAAAAUCCCAAAUUCGCAGAUGUGAAGUUAUCAGUUAAUGGUAAAAGUUAUUUAGCUCAUAAAGCUGUUUUGGCUGCUCGUAGUAGAGUUUUCGCACGCUUGUUCGAAGACUUGGACGAGGAAUAUGGUAAAAAACGUAAUAAAAUCAUAAUGAAUAGUACAUAUUUUGAUGAAGACGUAAUGAAAGCAAUGUUACAAUAUAUUUAUACUGGAAAAUGUGAAGCUGUAAACAAAUUAGCGGGCAGAUUAUUAGUCGUAGCUGAUGAAUAUGAGCUAUAUGGGUUGAAAAACUCGUGUUCGACAUUGUUGGAAGGAUCAUUGUCAGUUGAAAAUGCAAUAAAUACGCUGCAAUUGGCGGAUACCCGCCAUUCGAAUGAGUUGAAAUCGAAGGCGAUCGAUUUCAUCGUUAAAAACUCAGUUCAAGUGCUGAGUACCACAGAAUGGAAAAAUAUGUUGAUAUCAAAUGUUCAUCUAGCUAAUGAAAUAAUUCAAAGAUUGGCGCAACGAUUGAGUAUGAGUAUGAAAUGACAACUCACACGUCAGUUAACUAAUACCAAUAAUUAGCACCAACAUAAAGCCUCCCCUCCCCCAUAAUAGGAAUUUGGACACGGAGUGUUAAUUAUUAACCACCAAGUGAGUGAAAUCGACUUUGAAGGUAAAUUAGAUAUUACUGAUAUUAUGUGUAGUAUAAAUUUUUGGAAUAAAGUAAAUUGGUAAAUUU